AUGUCUCAAGAAAACCCUUAUGCAAUUAUUAAUGAUGAAACAAAUGAUUGUGUAGAAGAUAAUUUAAAUGAGUAUCUUAAUGAGUUUAAGAAAAGAGAGCAUGUAUACCUUGCAUGUAUAUCUUCCCUGGAAAAGGAAAUAUGUCAGUUCCAUACAUAUUUGAAUGAAUGGAGAAGUAUGCAUAUGUAUGAAGAUGAAGAUGGUAAAUCAUCAAAAGAUAUAAUAAAUAUAAAUUCUCUGAGAAAUAUAUUAAUUGAUCCAUCUAUAAAUUUAGAAAUAAAAGAAUUACGACAAAAAAUAUACGAAAUAACAAGAAAAUGUAAUAUAGCCGAAGAAAAAUUACAAGGAUGCACAUUUGAUGCUCAAGCAACAGCAGGACAAAGACUUAUUAAUAAAUGUAAAAAGUUACAAGAUGAAAAUUAUGAAUUAGGUAAAACAUUAGAAGAAAAUACAUUACAACCAAUAUCAAUACAAAUAAUAAAUUUAAAACAACAAAUAUCUUUUUAUAAAAAUGAAUUAAAAGCAUUAAAGGAAUUAAAUGUAGAUAUCGAUGAAGAUAAUGAAUUAUUAAGUCAGCAAUUAGCAGAUUUAACAAAAAAAUAUACAAAAAUUGCUGAACAAAAUAAUAAAUUAGAAAAAAAAAAUACAAGAUUAAAUAAAUAUAUUAAUAAAUUAAAGUCAAAAUUAAAUAAAUAUGAUUUACCAAUUGAAGAUAAUGUUAAUUAUAAAAAAGGUCAAAAUUAUGAAGAAGAUUAUCGUAGUCAUGAUGAAAAUAUUAUAAAUCAUAGUGGCAGUGAUAACCGUGAAAAUGACAGUAAUUAUGGAAAGGAUUAUAAUAAGGAUAAUUAUAAGGGAGAAUAUAAUGAUGAUGAGUAUUCAUCUACAAAUAUACGAAACAAAAAACACCGAAGCCACAAAUAUAAUGACGUAGGCUCUCAUAGAGGAAUGUCUGAAACAUAUAACUCACGUGAAAGAACAGGCAUGCAUAAUAUGUACGGAAAUGAUGAAGAUUAUGAAAUUAAUGAAUCCAAUUAUAGAGACAGAAAACAUAGUGGUGAUGAAGAAGACUAUACAUAUGAGAAUGAUGAUAAUUAUAGAAAGAGAAGCUCAUAUGAUAGCAGAGAACGGAAGUACAGGAAAACGGAUCGAAGUCAUCACAGAGAUAAGAAACAUGAUAAGUAUAAAAUAAAGAGCAAAGAAAAAAGCAGAAAAGAUAGGACCCGAGAUAGGGAUAGAGAUAAAGAUAAGGAUAGAGAAAGAGAAAGAGAAAGAGAUAGGGAUAGGGAUAGAGAUAGAGUUAGGGAUAAAGAUAGAGAUAGAGAUAGGGAUAGAGACCGAAAUAGAGAAAAAACAAAAGAGAAAGAAAAAGAAAAAGAUAAAAUGAAAAAUAAAUACAAAAGUAAAACCAAAGAAAAAACAAAAGGAAAAGGUAAACGAGAUAGUGAUUAUGAUAAUAGUAAUUAUUCUGAAUCAAAAAAAAAAAAUAUAAAAGAUCGUAAUAGUAAUGAUCAUAGAGAUUUUUCGAGAACAGACAAAGCGGAUCAUUCAAACAUGCCAAAAAACGAUGACACUAAUGACAAAAACAGUGAACACGAUAGAUAUGUGUAUUUAUAUAAAUAA